AUGUUCUGCCUGAAGAAUUUCAGUCUUUUAAUCUCAUGUUUGAUUUUCUUCAUCAUCCAGUCAAGUCAUGGUUAUGAGAUUAUUGGAGGGAAGGAAGUCAGGCCACACUCCCUGAGUUUCAUGGCUUACUUGAAAAGUAAAAAGUCUUUCUGUGGGGGGAUAUUAAUCCAUCCACAAUGGGUCCUGACUGCUGCCCACUGCACUAAUAUUAGUGAGGUGAUCCUGGGAGCACACUCCAUCAAGAAAGAGGAAAAAGAUUCGAAACAAUUCCGAGAGGUUAAGAAACAAUUUCCUCAUCCUGACUUUUGUAAUAUAUUAAAGGGCAAUGACCUCAUGUUGCUCAAGCUUAACAAUCCAGUGAUGGAAACCAAAACAGUGACAUUUCUCAAGCUGGGCAAAACUCUCAAAGACCCUGUAGCUGGCAGCAACUGUCUGGUGGCUGGAUGGGGAAAAACUGAAAAGAAGAAUAGGUCGGAUGUCUUGUUGUCUGUCAAUGUGACUGUGAUUGACAGAAAGAAGUGCAACUCUCGUGGUUAUUACAACCGCAACCCUGUUAUUACUAGUGACAUGAUAUGUGCUGGUUCAAAUGGAAACGCUAAGGCUAGUACAUGUAAUGGGGAUUCAGGAGGGCCACUGCUGUGCAAUAAAGAGCUGGUUGGAGUCACUUCUUUUGGACCUGUAGUGUGUGGCGAGAUAAAUGAACCUGCAGUCUUCUCAUUUCUCUCCAAAAAACAACUCAAGUGGAUCAAAAAAACAACGAAGUCAUCUGAAUUUUAAGGAAUCCACAGGAAUCAGUCCACAUAA